GGGAGAAAGUAAACAGAGUUGAAUCACCCAUCUCGCUGGCCAAUUGGAGGGGGUUUGGAUUGUGACGUGAUGGGAUUCUGCGAAAUUGUUACUGAGCAAGAGAAUGCCGGAACAGUGAGGACCGGCAGGAGAAGGGGGAGUGGAUCGGGCCGUGCACGGGGGCAAAAGUAUCUGUUAGACCUAGAUUUUUUCCUGCUAUUUUCAAACGGCUUUUUUGCUUGGUUUGGGUGAAUACAUUGAGAAAUCUAACGAAGACAAUCGGGCAGCUGAGAAUUGCCGAGCCCCCAUCUGCAUUUUUUUUUUCCUUUUACCCCUCCCGGAACGCCUUGGGUUUUUUAUUUUUUAUUUUUUUUUCCAAUAGAAUUCGUAACUUGAAAUCGCCACGUGUGGCAUCUUUCCAAGACAGCCUUAUUAUUAGAGUCCGUUGCGCUUGUCUGUUGGGAUUGAUUGGAAAGCUGGAGGGGGCCGCUAGUCCCAGGUAAGGGAGGGCUUUGGGAGAGUGAGAAAGCCCCCCACUGUAGCCCUGGGUUGUGGAUGCUGCGUUUGGAGUCACUGGUUGUUACGUAAAGAUGAGGGGUUGAGGUCGACUUCUUGCGCGGAUUCCAAAGCGCACGGCUCUCUCCUCCCCGCCCCCUUGGCUCCGCGAUCUCGCUCGUCUGGGGAGAGAGGACGAGCUGAUUGAUCGUAGGGGGAAAAGAGGGGGGGAAAUAAUAAUAAAGCAAACAAAAUAAAAAUAAAACAGCAAGCAAACUCCAGGAGGUACGACUGGAGGGGGGGAAAAGUUGGUGCCGCUGGACUUGGGUACCUCCUGCUCCUCCCUGCGCCCUCUGGCCCGCACCAUGUCCGCAGCCGCCUACAUGGACUUCGUGGCUGCUCAGUGCCUGGUUUCUAUUUCCAACCGCGCUGCGGAGCCGGAGCACGGGACCGCCGAGGCGGAGAGGCUGAGGAUGCCUGAGCGAGAAGGGACGAAGGAGCACGGUGACCCCGGGGAUACGUGGAAGGACUACUGCACUCUGGUCACCAUCGCCAAAAGCUUGUUGGACCUGAACAAAUACCGACCCCUGGCGACCCCUUCCCUCUGCAGUGACAGUAUCGAAAGCCCCGAUGAGGACCUGGGAUCCGACAGCGACGUGACCACCGAAUCUGGGUCGAGCCCUUCCCACAGCCCCGAGGAGAGACAGGAUUCUGGUGGGGUGCCCGGCUCUCUCUCCCUCCUCCACCCCGGAGUGUCUGCAAAGGGGAAACUAGCCUCUGAAAAGAGACACAAGUGUCCAUACAGUGGAUGUGGCAAAGUCUAUGGAAAAUCCUCCCAUCUAAAAGCCCAUUACAGAGUGCAUACAGGUGAGCGACCCUUUCCUUGCACGUGGCCGGACUGCCUUAAAAAGUUCUCCCGCUCAGACGAGCUGACCCGCCACUACAGAACCCACACUGGCGAAAAGCAGUUCCGGUGUCCGCUGUGUGAAAAGCGCUUCAUGAGGAGUGACCAUCUGACCAAGCAUGCCCGGCGUCACACUGAGUUCCACCCCAGUAUGAUCAAGCGAUCUAAAAAGUCCCUUGCAAAUCCUUUGUGAGGCCCUGGAUGUACCAGGGGAGGUCAGGACAAAGCAAAAGACAGACAGAGAGAGAGAGA